GGAAUAAAUUCUUAAGCCAAAACUCCUGUUAACUGAGUAGCUCUGGGCUAGAAAUUCAAAGAAAGAAAAAAGUAUUUGCAGCACAGGCGCUCGCAGCGCGACAGAGUUUUGAAAUUGGGAGUUGGCCAUGGAGCAUCUGGAUGAGCUGUGCCUGCAGCAGAUAUUGGCAUAUCUCAGACUGCCCGAUCAGCUGGCCAUGUUGCAGUGCGAUGAGCGCUGCUAUUCGCUGCUGGGCAGCCUCUGGCGCCGUCACCUCACCCGGAUUGAGCUGAAUCUGCUUCAGGUGCCGCUGUGCCUGGAGCACUUUGAGUUUUUGCUGCUCAAUACCUGGAAAGAGCUGCGCGUGCUCAGGCUCAACUAUGUGGAUAAAGAGAAGUUUGAGGUGCUCGUCAGGCACAGGUUUCCCAAGCUACAGAUGCUCCAGAUUGAUGCCCUGCCUCCCUUUUUCCUCUGUCAUCAGAAACAGCUACAACUCAGACGGAUUAUGAUUCUAAAGAAAUAUGAGGAUAAUGCUGCUGGGGCGUCUGUUGCCCAGCAAACCCAGUUGACCUGGUGAUGACUCCAAAAAAAUAAAAAGUAUGCCCACCAAAUACGAGCUUCCCAUUUUAAGUACACCUGCAUUAAGUUUCAUUCGAUCGCCUAUCUAAAGUCUAGCCUUUGACCUGAGUAACAAAUUGACUGACUGAUUGACUGACUGACUGAUUGAGUGACUGACAGCUCCAUUUUUAACUGAAGUUUCCCUAUGAGAACAAGUGCAACCCGUACUAACCCGGGUCUAGGUAUAUUCCUCCCGGCUGCUCAUCCGAUCUGCUUCAAACUUUUUUGCAUAGCUCUUUAAAAAAAAGCAGCUUUCAG